AUGCAGAAGAUUUCGGAAGAGGUGGAUGCUGAAACUGCAAUGAAGUUGCGAGCCCAAAAAAUAAACGCUCAGAACCUAGUUCUGCUCAACGAUGCCGACCUAGUUGAAAUGGGGAUAAUCGAAAAAGGAUCCUGUCUAACAAUUCUUAACAUAAUAAAAAACUAUAGUUCUGAAGCUAAUCCGACCAAAGAUAAAAUUGAUGAGACUUCCACUAAUGUUCAAAAUUUGAUUAACCGUUCGACAUUCGAAGAUGACGCAAAAUUCCGAAUGAAAAUUUUGUAUCCAAUUUUGGAUCAAGGGAUCGUACCAGAUAAGGACGGUUUAAAUCAUCUUACACGAGUCGCAUGCAAGCAAAUGGAGACUCAAAUAAUGGACGGUCAAAGGUAUCCUUCUGUUGAUCAACAGCAUGCGGCAGCUGUUCAAAUCGUAAAAUUAUUUCCACAACUUAGUAAUACGCGAGUCACACCAACUGGUCCUGAUGAGUCAUUUUUCUUUUGGCGCAACGGAGGCAAGGAAAAGGGUGCUCAUACUGGCAUGAUAUUUCAUCGCAUCCGGAAUGUCAUCAAACAGCUACCUGCAGGAAAACAUAAAUAUAAUCGAGGAACUAUGCCUGUAGAAUGUCUUAUCUACUACAUAGAAGAGUCCGUUUCAACUGAACUUGUAGAGCGGGCUCAAUUGCUCCGAGUAAUGCUUGCAUCGGCAUCAGUAGCAGAACAUAUUUGUGAUGAAAUGGACCGAUGCUUUCCAGUCCUCAAACUGUUAUUAAAAGAAAAGAAACCCGUUAAUGAUAUCUUGGAUAUGUUUCCACACCUGUGUUCAUAUGAAGGAUUGGUGAUUCGUCAAAUGUUUGAGAGAUUGUAUCCUAACAGAACAGAAGGUCUCAAAAUCGAGGAUGUCUUCUCUCAGUGUCUAUCUUAUUCACCGUCCAGAUUCUCUAGAGUAGAAGAUGAUCACAUUCGAGGAUGCUUGAGAAUAAUUUCUCAUAUGCCAAUUCGCGGACAAAAAAGAACGCUGGUAGGCUGUCCAACUGUAGGCGAAGAACAUUCGGCUUCAAUUUUAAUUCGUUGGAUUGGGGAGUGCUUAGAUACAUACGUGGCAUCCCCCGCAACUGAUUCCAAACUACACAUGGUGUGCGUAGCAAGCCCGAUGAAAAGAGGAAAUUAUGCCGUCAUUUGUGAGAAAAAAGUUAUAUUCGAGACUAACAAUUCUAUUCAUGCAGUGGAAAUUUUAUUCAAAUGCUACGCAGUUCUCGGAGUGGAGGUGCCACCUAAUUUUAGAAUGUUUUGGGACUUUCUGGCAUGUGCCAUAUAUAAUACAAUUCCGCACAGUCAGAGGACAACUGUGAAUAGACUCGUCCAAACUUUUAUUGAAGUUUCCCGCGCACGUAUUGACAACAAAUAA